CCCUCACUCUCACCCAGACACUCAGUUCAUAUGUGCCUCUUGUGUCUAACAGCAGACAUGUCUACAGGAGGAGUACACCGUGGCUUCCUCAAAAAAUAUGGUGGUUUCAAGCUGUUUAAGCAGUGGAAAGAGCGCUACCUGGUGCUGACAGUAGAAGGCAGUCUGAGGGUGUGUCGCGAUGCAGAGAGUCCUCCUGACCAGGUGGUGGCACUGCAGUGGAACUGUGAGGCCAUCGUAGAGGGCAGGGAGAUCCUGGACCUACCCCGGCUUCCCCCAGGGGGAAGGAGAGACUGCUGCUUCGCCCUCAUCCUGCCCCAGGAAAAGUUCCUGUUACUACUGGCUGACAGCCCAGAGGACUGCAGUCUCUGGCUGAAGUUGAUCAGGAAAGUGAGAGAGGGUGUGAUGUCAACGCUUGUCCUGCAGAGACAGCAGAGUCUGACCCCGAGCCUCACCGCCCACAUCACAGACAGAGACCCCCAACCUGACACUCCCACCGACAGGGACACUGCCUCGCCACGGGCGACAGUGAGCACCUCGACCCCCAUCGCCACCCCGACUGGCACUCCGACCGUCACCCCCACCACCACGCCCUCAGCCUCUCGGGCCGGGUCCUUCAGAGACAACAGCCUGGGCAAGUCAGGACAUCAACAGAGAGACAACAGUCUGGGGGGUGGCCACAGACAGUCAGUGCGGUCUGUGCGUAGCGUGGCGUCAGUAGCUCCGCCCCACCGUACGUCAGACUGUCUUCGCCACGGUAACAGCAGCGACGCGCGGGCGGUGAGGGCGGUGUGUCUGCUGAUGGGAGGGGCAGCAGCCUCCUCCGCUCUGGGCUACCUCCAGUCCUGCUCUCCCUCCUCCCCUCUGACCUCCAGAGCCUCCGGCCUGCAGGAUCUGGGCCCGCUGGGCCACGGUGGAGGGGCAGGGAGCUUCUCAGAGAUGGGAGGGGGGUCGGGUGGGUCCUUCCAUUGUAGUCAGGACGUAGACAACCCCCCACAAUUCAACAGCUUCGACUUCGAGGGAGGAGACUCCGACUUUGAUGCCUUUGAUUGCGGAGGGUUCGCUUUUUAAAGGGCUUAAAGAAAUACAACUGUUAACUGUUGAUAAUAUAUGAUCUGUUGAAUCAACUGUUAACUGUUGAUAAUAUAUGAUCUGUUUGAAUUACUGUUGUUUACUGUAUCGGAUCUAGAACAGCCUUAGAAAGGUCCUGUCUAUAGUUAUUUUUAAGUGUUAACCUGUACCAUUAUUGAAUUGUUUGAUCACAUGUACUUCCUACGUGUAAGUUAAUGAAGCCUACAGUCUUAAUGAUCCUAACUUGAACCCCUCCUUAACCUGGGCUGUCCCACACUGACCACCUCUUUUUCCUUCUAGAAUAGCUCUCUGUUAAGUGUUGUUUGGUCUGGUAACACCCCUAACCCUGGGUGAUAUCGGUCUGGUAACGCCCCUAACCCUGGGUGAUAUCGGUCUGGUAACGCCCCUAACCCUGGGUGAUAUCGGUCUGGUAACGCCCCUAACCCUGGGUGAUAUCGGUCUGGUAACGCCCUAACCCUGGGUGUGUUUGGUCUGGUAACACCCCUAACCCUGGGUGUGUUUGGUCUG